AGGCCUCCCAGCGUCUGGUCUGAGGAUGGCUGAGCAGCGGGGCCGGGAGCCGGAGGCUGAGUGUCCUGUCUGCUGGAACCCUUUCAACAACACGUUCCACACCCCCAAAGUGCUGGACUGCUGCCACUCCUUCUGUGUGGAAUGCCUGGCCCACCUCAGCCUUGUGACGCCUGUCCGGCGCCGGCUGCUCUGUCCCCUCUGUCGCCAGCCCACAGUGCUGGCCUCUGGGCAGCCCGUCACUGACUUGCCUACAGAUACGGCCAUGCUCACCCUGCUGCGCCUGGAGCCCCACCAUGUCAUCCUGGAGGGCCGUCAGCUCUGUCUCAAGGACCAGCCCAAGAACUGCUAUUUCCUGCGCCAGCCACGGGUGUACACGCUGGACCUAGGCCCUGAGCCCAGGAACCCGACGGGGUCCCCCCAGGACAUGGCCCCCACCACCAGGCCUGUGCCCAUCCCCAUCCCCAGCCACUACUCCUUGAGGGAGUGUUUCCGCAACCCUCAGUUCCGGAUCUUUGCCUACCUGAUGGCCGUCAUCCUCAGCGUCACUCUGUUGCUCAUCUUCUCCAUCUUUUGGACCAAGCAGUUCCUUUGGGGUGUGGGGUGAGCACUGCUCCGGGACAAGGAAUCAAAUCAUUCUUGGCUGCUGCUGGGUAUGGGGGCUGUGGAGCCUCACUUGGGGAUGUCUUCCAUUGUAGUAUUGUUCAUUUACAUUCCAGGGACCCAUUAGGCCAUGUGUUUGCUCCUAGGAACAGAAAACCCUACUAUAAUACCUACUCAAAGCUAAAGGGAAAAGGUGUGCAGACACCUCUGGGUAUGGACCGCGGGGUCAGGGAAGGGUAACGACAGAGCUAACUAGCAAGCUGUGCCAAAGGCUGGACAGAGGUAUCUGGGAACCUGACUGGCCCAAUGAGCAAGUUGCAUCUUACUGGAGCUGCUUCAAAUUCAGGUCAUCCCUCCCCCCGCCCAUUUAUUAUUAUGUUGCUAAAUAACUUA